UUCUGUGUUCAUAAAUCCAUCGAGUCAGUCAGAACAGAUUUGAAAGUUCCAUUUCUACUGGCCUAAAGAUCAGUUUUAGUGCCUUAAAUAUAUGUCAGUGUGAUUAUCAAUCGGGUGUAAAAAACAUAAAAAUUAAAGAAAACUAGACUAAAGUUUCUCGUUUGUAACAAAUAUUUUCAGGACGAUGAUUUCAGUGUUUGAGUGAUUUAAUGACUUCAAUAUAUUUUUCCCAUAAUUUGUAAAAUAUACAUACUGAUUGGAAGUGAGAAAACAGAAAAUAUUUUCAGGAUAAAAAGUAUCUUUAAUAUUAAGUAGUAUUAUGGAUACUAUGAAAUGGUUAAAAAUUUUCAUCAUUGUAAUUAUCCUAGUGAAUGGAUGUUCAUCUGAUAUCUUAACACAAAAAAAUGCAAACAGAGAGAAGAGAGCUUCGCAUAGAGGCCAAACACAAUCACAAUAUUUAAGUUUUGGGGGUGAUGACGAUGGAAAGGCCGAAGCAGAAGCCACUCAUACUGGUUCUCGUGCAACAGUUUGUGAGUAUCAACAAUAUAAUUUAUAUGGAAAAAAUGGGAUGGGACAAGCGCAAAGUCAGUCUAUGGGAGGUGAUUGUACUGAUUGUUAUGUAUCUGGUGGAAGAUCAGAUUUUGUGAAACGGCCAGGAAAACCAGGUGGCACACGACCAGAAAGUAUUCGUCGACCAGGAAUACCUUCUCAAGGACCUAAUAUUAUUCCUGAUACAUGGAGUGAUGCUAGAAAACCUAGUGGAAUCCAUGUGGGAGAAGUACAGCGACCUGGAAGAUGGGGUGAAGGCUCUAGACCUGGUGAAGUAAUUUCUGGAGGAAAACAACAACCUGGAGGAUGGAGUGGAGAUGCUCGGCCAGAUAGAGAAGGAAUACAACAACCUGGAAGGUGGGUUGGAGAAUCAAGACCUGGUGAUGUCAUUUCUGGAGGAAACCAACAACCCGGUGGAUGGGCUGGAGAAUCUAAAGCUAGCGGCCCUUUUCAAGGAGGCACACAACAACCUGGUAGCUGGGGUGGUACUUUAAGACCCGUUGGAGGUACACAUCAACCUGGAGGCCCUUCUCAAGGAGAAACACAACAGCCAAGAGGAUGGGGGGGAGAUUCUAGACCUGCUGAAGUGAGUGUUGGAGGGUCACAACAACCUGGAGGAAGGGGUGGAACUUUAAGACCCGUUGGAGGUACACAUCAUCCUGGAGGCCCUUCUCAAGGAGAAACACAACAGCCAAGAGGAUGGGGUGGAGGUUCUGGACCUGGUGAAUUUCGUCCUGGAGGCACACAACAACCCAGAGAGUCUGGUCAAGGAGGAUUACAACAACCUGGAGGAUGGGAUAGAGGUUCUAGACCUGGUGGAGUUAUUAUUGGAGGAACACAGCAACCUGGAGACCCUUCUCUUAGAGGAACAGAACAACCUGGAAGAUGGGGUGGGAAUGCGAGACCUGGAGAUGUUAUUAUUGGAGGAACACAACAAACUGGAGACCCCUCUCACGCAGGAAGACAACAACCUGGAGGAUGGGGUGGAGUUGCUGGACCUGGUGAAUUUCGUCCUGGAGGCACACAACAACCCAUAGAGUCUAGUCAAGGAGGAUUACAACAACCUGAAGGAUGGGAUAGAGGUUCUAGACCUAGUGGAGUCAUUAUUGGAGGAACACAGCAACCUGGAGACCCUUCUCUUAGAGGAACAGAACAACCUGGAAGAUGGGGUGGGAAUGCGAGACCUGGAGAUGUUAUUAUUGGAGGAACACAACAAACUGGAGACCCCUCUCACUCAGGAAGACAACAACCUGGAGGAUGGAGUGGAGGUUCUAGACCUGGUGAAGUGAAUGUUCGAGGGACACAACAAUCUGGAGGUCCAUCUGAAGGAGAUACACAACAGCCCGGAAGGUGGAGUGGAGGUGCUAGACCUGGUGAUAUCAUUUCUGGAGGAACACAACAUCAUGGAGGUACAUCUGAAGGAGAUACACCUAGAGGCCCUUUCCAAGGUGGAAAACAACAACCUGGAGGAUGGAAUAGAGGUGGUACAUUUAUAAACCAACCUACAACAGAUACUACGAAACCUGAUGAAAUAAGAAAGCCGGGUGGUGUGAACGGAGUUUAUGCUACUGAUCAUAAUGGCGAUCCACAUUUCAUUCCUUUACCACAUGGCUCAGAUCAUAGCGUGAUAAAUCCUGGAGGAUUGACAGUUUUAGUGGGAACGGGUGGACCCCGUCAAACUGUCAUUGGUGGGGGGCAAAUUGACGGCCCAUUGAGAAUAGUUCCUUCGCCUCAGAAAGUUUCAGGUGUAAGUUCACAAACCGUUUAUGCUCCUUCUGGUGGAGUGACUGUUUUAGUUGGAACAGGAGGACCAACACAAACUGUUCAUCACUCUUCAUCUUCUAUUCAAACAUCUCAAGAUAUAAGCAAAAGCAGAAGUGAUGCAAAUGAUUUAUCAGAUAUUGACAAUAUAUCUGCUAUUGAUAAAAAAAAGUACAGAGAUCGAGGCGAUCAACCAGGUUACAUUAUAACACCUGGACAAUUAGGAGCAAAUGGGGUCAAACCGGAAACAUUUUCCAGGGAUGGAAAAGUGAAUAGUGGCGAUACUUACUAUCCUAGUCAUGCUGUAAAAAACGAAUAUCAUCCAUUAACUCCUGGAUCUCAAAUUGUUGACGAUAAUGGAAGAAAAAUUUUAGAUGGAACUGUUCAACCACCUAUCAUGAAAACUGAAAAUGACGGUAACAAAUAUUUUCCAAAUAUAGCAGGAACUCAAAGUAGACCACAUGGUGAUGGAAAUAUUGGCUCAGUAUAUCCCAUAACUUACGGUAAAGAAAGAAGUGAUUAUCCUUCUGGAACAGGAAUACACCCAACUAACAAAAUUAAUGGAAGAGGAGAGACAUCCAAUUACUACCCAGUUUCAGGUGGUAAUAAUGGUGAUAAUUUUUAUUAUCCUAGGGUUCCAGAAAAGCAGGUCCCUAGUGGCAGAGAACAUGGCUUCCUUCCUAGUGGGACAGAUGGACAAAGAACUUAUUAUUCACCUGAUAGGGGGAAUGGAAGAGGUCCAAUAACUGAUUACUACCCAAUUCCUGGUGCUGGUAUUGGUGAUAAUUUGUACUAUCCUAGACGACCAGGGCAGCAGGUUCCUCAUGGUAGUGAUUAUGGAUUCAGACCCAGUGGGAUCGAUGAGCAAAGGAGAUAUUAUAUACCAAAUUCUGGUAUACAAACAGGUCGUGAAAAUGUUGGAAGUGUAAAAUAUCCUACAAGUUCUUCACAGCCUGUGGGUAGAGGAGACGGAGGAGAAGUCUAUUAUACUUCAGGUAACAUGUAUCCACAUGGACCAAAAAGACCAAUUGAUAGAGGAGACUACCACCUCUCAGAACCUGAUAUGAGAACUACACCAUGGAAAGACGGAAAUGAAAAUACAUUUUCGCCAACUCAUGGUAGUGGGGGUUAUUAUCCAGCAGAUUCCAGGAAAACUUACGAAACUGGGAUUCCUUACCCAUCAGGUUUACCAAAGUCUCCUCUUCCAGUAGAUGGCAGUAGAGCAUUUUAUAUUCCUGGAAAAGAUGACAGAUACUAUUCUUCAGGACCUUCCAAUAGAGGUUACUAUCCUUCUAUACCUGAAACUAUUUAUCGUCCAUCUACAACUGAUUCUCAAGAUCAUGGACCCUCUCAAUAUCAUCCUCCAACUACAGUACACUCAGAUGGGGUAUACUAUCAACCUGGGAAAAAUUCUCAAACCGUUGAUAAUUUCGGCUCAUAUCCAUCCGGAGAAGCUCCAGCUGUUAAUGAAAAGAAUAUUACUAAAAUUAAAGAUUCUGAUGUUGGAGCACCAGACAGUUUAACUGAAGAUGACUCAUUUUCUCAAGCUGAGUCGGCGAUAAAAGGAGGAGAAGUUAGUGCCAGUGCUCAAGGAACAAAAAAUGGAGGAACUGCUCAAACUCAAGUAUCGGGAACAUACACUGGAAAGGGAUCUUUUUCGGCAACUGCCCAAACAUCGGACAAAGAUAGAUCGGCUCAAGCACAAGUAUCAGGUGGAAAAGAGGGGGCCAUGACAUCUUCACAAGGUCAAGGUGGAUCCGCAAAAUCUCAAGCUCAAAUUGCUGUUGAUGCCAAAACCGGUGGAACUUCAGCUACAUCGCAAAGUGGAGGAUCAGACCAUGAGAGCCAAUCCGAAGUAGUUGCAAAUGAGAAAGGUGGGUUAGCCGAUGCUCAAUCAAGUGGUCCUGGUCAAACAUCUUCACAAGCUCAAAUUGGUUUUAAACCUCAAGAAGAAGAUAGUGCAGAGUCAGUUUAUAAUGUUUUUAAUGGUGGAGGGACUGCUUCAUCACAAUCAGGUGCUUUAACGGGUCAAAGUCAAGCUCAAAUCAACGGAAAAUUUAAAUUUGGCAUAUCAUACCAUGGCGCUGCUCAAUCGGCUUCAGGAACUAAAGAAGAAGUGAAAAAAAUACGAGAUAAAAGCAAAUCUCUAUUUAGAAACAUAGAAUUAUUUGGAAAAUCGAAUAAAAAAAUAGAAAUUAGUCACAAUGAUUACGACGAUCCGAAUAAAUUACGUUCUCGUUCUUCUAAAACUGUAACUGCUAAGAAUUGGAAUGAAGACACAACAAUAAGAAUUUUCUCUCAACGAACUCCAACACAAAAACAAGUGACAACGAUUAUCAAUCCCGACAAGAACGUACGACUAGUUCAGACUCAGAACGGUCGUACAAUCAAAUAUCCACCAGUUUUUGACUCACAAAAAAUAGAUAGAUCUAGUGGCUACGAGAAAUCAGAUUCUAAUCCUCAAGAUAUAACAAUAUCUAAAACGACACAAAAGAUCAAAUAUAAAACCAGAUAUCUGCCUUCAAAGCCAAGCGGGGAUAAAAAUAGUAUCGAUAACGAUAAUAAGCAAAAACUCUUGAAACCUGACAGUUAUGUUUCUGUUACAAACUCGCUUUCAGGAAGUUUGAAUGAAAAAUCUAAGGAAAAUGGAAAAUUUGCUUCAACUUACUUCACAAAAUCUAGUACAUGCGGUCAUUUUACAUUCAGUUGCAAUAUAGUAUAUGGCUCCGAAGGAAGAUCUCGUAUAUGCAGACCAAAACAAGACAAUCAAAAAUGUUAA